GACUUCGGGAGCUACAUGUCCGCCAAGAACAGCAAGCUCACGGCGCAAUUCGACGCCGAUGCGGCCACCUCCGCGGCGGCACCCGGGGCCCUCUUCGCGGGCGUCUCCAUCUUCGUCGACGGCUUCACCGUCCCCUCUAGCCAGGAGCUGAAGGAGAUUAUGCUGAACAACGGAGGCCGUAUGGUCAACUACUUCUCCAGGCACACCGUGACGCACAUCAUCUGCACUCACCUCCCAGAGAGCAAAAUGCGGAACAUGAGAGCAUUCAGUAAGGGACUUCCUGUCGUGAAGCCGGCGUGGGUGGUGGAUUCCCUUGCAGAGAACCGGAUCCUCAGCUGCAUUCCAUAUCAAAUAAGUCACCAUAGUUCUUCAAGCCGAAAGCAGAUGAAGCUUUCUGCUUUCUUUUCUGGGAAACAAGAUGGAACAUGUAAUCAGGGUGACCGAAAUGAUGUAAACAAAGACCUUGGGCUCCAAACUUCUUCUGCCCAGGAGGGAUCACAAGACCAAAAUGUAUUUCGUGAAAACGAAGGAUCAUUAAUGAGUGUUGAGGUAGCAGAGGACUCACUAUCCCCGGAUGAACACGAAGUUUCAACACUCGAAGAACGAGAUGGUGAAGAUUUUGCAAUGGACGAUGAUGAUAAUGUUUGUGAAACAGAGAUUUCAGAAAGUGUGAACAAUGACAUGGAUACUAAACUUUAUGUGCCUGAUUCCCCUGAUGCUACAUCAGAUGUGUGCGGUACAAACUCUGUGGGAAGCCAUUUAUCAUUGGGUUUGCUGGAGAAAGAUACAGCUAAAUCUGCUACCCGUUCACAUUCAACCCUAACAGAUCCAAAUUUUGUAGAAAAUUAUUUCAAGCAUUCUCGACUGCAUUUCAUUGGGACCUGGAGAAAUCGCUACCGCAAGCGCUUCUCAAAUUCACUUGGAGCUAAAAGCAGUAAGGGGAAGAACGACCAUUCUGGGAAGAAGAAAACAAUAAUUCAUAUUGAUAUGGACUGCUUUUUUGUAUCCGUUGUCAUCAGAAAUAGGCCAGAGCUGCACGAUAAGCCGGUAGCAGUUUGUCAUUCAGACAAUCCUAAAGGAACCGCAGAAAUAUCAUCUGCAAACUAUCCUGCGCGAAACUAUGGGAUAAAGGCUGGCAUGUUAAUUAGAGAUGCCAAAGCUCGGUGCCCUCACUUAACAGUUGUUCCUUAUAACUUUGAUGCAUAUGGGGAGGUUGCUGACCAGUUCUAUGGUAUUUUGCAUAAAUAUUGCAGUAAGGUUCAGGCUUUGAGCUGUGAUGAAGCAUUUCUGGACAUGACUGAGUGCUUACACGAUAAUGUGGAGGAAGUUACAGAAAGAAUGAGAAAUGAGAUAUUUGGUACAACAAAGUGUACUGCUAGUGCAGGUAUUGCUGAAAACAGGCUCCUAGCCCGUUUAGCCACCAGAUCUGCAAAGCCGAAUGGACAGUUAUUUAUUUCAUCCGAGAAGGCUGAUGAUUAUUUGAAUACCCUCCCUAUCAAAGCACUUCCAGGCAUUGGUUUUACCGUUUCUGCAAAACUGAAAAGCAACGAAGUUGAAUACUGUGGUCAGCUUCGCAACAUAUCAAAGGAUGCUCUCCAUAAGGACUUCGGAAAAAAGAUCAGUAAUAUGUUAUGGAACUAUUGCAGAGGAAUUGACCAUUCAGUUGUUGAAGAUGUUCAGGAAACAAAAUCUGUUGGUGCUGAAGUCAAUUGGGGAGUCAGAUUUAAUGAGGACAAAGAUGCUGAUCAUUUUCUUGUGAACCUAAGCAAGGAGGUUUCUUUACGCUUACAAGGAUGUGGGCUACAGGGCCGUACUGUUACCCUUAAGGUGAAAACAAGAAGAAAAGGUGCAGGAGAGCCAAUAAAGUUUAUGGGAUGUGGUGACUGUGAAACUAUGAGUCGUUCCACCAAGAUCACAGGUGCAACUGACAAUUUAGUCACCCUUCAGAGAAUUGCAAGACAAUUGUUUGCAGCUUUUCAUGUUGAUGUGAAGGAAGUUCGCGGAGUUGGACUAAAAAUGUCGAAGCUUGAGCAUGCAGAUUUAGCACGAGGAGCACCACAAGGGAAUAUGCUUAAAUCAUGGCUUGGUUCAUCAGCUGAAAAGCUUAAGAAACAGGGCAUUGAGAAAACCUGCUUGCGUGGAAACAAUGAUGAUGCAGGAACCAGUGGGCUGCGAAAUUUGGGAGGCUCCAGACCAUCAUUUACACGCGUGGCAUCCCAUUCAUCCAAGGCGAACCUCACAAUUGAUAGGUCUACCAGAGUCGAUGCUGUUGAGAUGCCACCAUUAUCCGAACUUGAUCUGGAGGUCCUCAAAAACCUCCCCCCCGAGAUAAUAUCUGAAAUGAAUGUCAUGUACAAGGGAGAAUUGCGUGGUUUUCUAGAUAUGAUAAGUGGAGAUGAAGGCAAGGAAAGCAAUUCAAAAUCUCUUGUUUCACCUGCCGUUGAUCAGAACUCUGUGUCUGCUUCUACUGCAAAGUUGCAUGGAUAUGGAGAGCAUAGAGACUCUGUUCAUUUGGGAAAGCAGAAGGAUACUAAGGGGACAACAGACCAGGAAGUUCAAGCUGCCAGUGCAUCGUGCUCAAGAGCCUGUGAAUUGGGUGAUACAAACAGUGUCACACGUCUUGAUUUCAUGCCUAAUUCUCUAAGCCAGGCCGACUUCACAGUUCUGCAGGAAUUACCUGAGGAUGUCAAGGCUGAUUUGUUUAAUGUGCUUCCAUUGCAUAGGUCAAGAGAUCCUACAUGCAGCACUUCCAAUGUUACUGAAAUUAAAUCUCCGAAUGAUGAAGGAACUGAUGAUCCAAUACACCAUCUCCCAGGAAGUUGUAAAAAAUGGGCUGAACAGUUGAAAGUUAGCAGUUCUCUGAUAUUGAAUGCUAUUGCGGAGCAACAUGCAGAUUCUAUCUCCAAUAAACCUUUAUCUUCCAUUUUAGAGCCCAUCGCUUCCCUCCUCCCUCUGUGCCCCAACUCAGGUAGCGAAGAAUGGAACGACACACUCUCCUGCCUCUCUGGGCUUCUUGUAGAGUAUAUACACCUGAAAGUCGAUUCUGAUAUUGAAGAGCUGCACAGAUGUUUCCUUCUUUUGAAAAGGUUCUCCUCAGCAUCUGAGCUUUUUCUGGAAUUGCACAAUAGCAUUCUUCCUUUGCUACAGGAUUCCAUCAGUCAGCAUUAUGGUGGAGUAUUGCGUUUGUAGUUCGAAGUUCAGCUGUCAGGGACCAUUUAGUGAUAGGAGAUGGAGAUGGGCGCUGGAGUACAGUGGUGAAUCUAACACCAUCAUGCUGUGUACCCAAGGAGUGUAAAUGGCUCUUCUGGCCUGCGGCUCCAAACUGAAUCAGUGUUUUGAAUGCUAGCGCUGUGGGUUCGUCAUGGACAAAAGGAAAUUGUGUACACCUGUAAAUAUUACUACUUCUACAUGAAUGACUCCAUGAGCCCUCAUUUUGUUCUUUGUAAUAUAGCCUUUUCUCCUUUAAAAUA